UGAGUGCAUUUAUUCAGUGUGCACAAUCGAGUCCGUCCUCAUCGAAAAGACAGCACAAUGGUCGUCUUUACUUUAUAUGAAUGCACAACCAAGCAGAUCAGUCCCAGUAAAAGGAAAAGGCAUGGAAAUGCUAGUGGGAACGAAGACGUAACCCCUGAAGACAGAGUCGAAGCACUCAUCAGCAGAGCCAAUAUGAGGGCUCCCGUGAAAAAAGCCAGGCACCUAAGACACAGAAAGCAGAAAAUAGAGUCUAUGCUUAGCGACUCCGGCAUUGAAGAAGAUUUUGAGACUCCUAGUCCCAGUCCUUCGUCAGAUGCAGGGUGUGAUAGCCCGAUGCUGGGGCAAUCCCACCUGUCCACACCGCUAAUAGACUGGCAGAAUUUCAGAGAAUAUGGCGAUACUUGUUACUACUACCAAAGGAACAACGAAGAGCGGUAUCGUGCAGUCAAUUGUUUAUCUCUUCAGCCGCAGGUUACAGCAGAAGCUAGAUGCAAGCUAAUCAGCUGGCUGAUCCCCGUCCAUAGACAUUUCAACCUGUGCUUUGAGUCGUUCUGCCUUGCAGUCAACAUCAUGGACCGUUUUCUCAUGACAACGCCAGUUGCCUCAGAUUGUUUCCAGUUGUUAGGCGUCACGUCACUGCUCAUCGCGUGCAAGCAAGUGGAGGUGUAUCCACCACGGAUAAAGCAGUUGCUUGCCCUGUGCUGUGAUGCUUUUACAAAGGAUCAGCUUUGCAACCUAGAGUGCAUUAUCCUGAUCAAGUUGAACUUCAGCCUGACAGCUCCGACACUGGCUUUCUUCCUCGAGCAUUUCACAAAACAGAGACUAGAGGGUGGUGAUGAGCUAUGCAAACGAAGACUCUCAGAGUCAGGACAAACAAAAAACCUGGCCAGGACGAUCGCUGAGCUCAGCCUGGCAGAUUAUGCAUUUAAUAGGUACCCUGCUUCCCUUCUGGCCAUCUGUUCAAUAAGGCUGGCAGACCAAAUGAUGGAUCUUCAUUACACGAUCAGUCAGGAUCUCAGUGGAUAUCCAGAGAGUGUGGUGGAGGACUGUACAGAAAGUCUGAGGAUGCUAGUAUCACUCAAUGGAGAAGUAUUACAUUCCUUGGCUGAAUUAUAAUUUAUAAUGCACCUAUGUAUAUUGUUUAUGCAAUGUUCCAUGGACUUGUUCUAAUUUAUAUAUUUUACAGUGCAGAUUCUAACAGAAUUCUGUUGUAAAUCAUGUGUUACUAAAAUAGUCUUGUUCUAAGACACUCUGUGUAGACUUAAUUUUAAGUUUUAUUUGGUUGUUUAAUUUCAAAUCAAUGUAUAUUAUGCAAUCCCUAUACAGGAAUGCAAUGGUGUAAUGUCUUGUACAGAAUUCCUGAAGUAUUACCAUAGUUAUAGCUCAUUUAUUUUCUGUUACUGAGAAGAAAAACAGAGAACUCCUAAAUGAGGAGCACUGAAAUUAAUAUUGUCACUUGUAUAACACUUUCGGCUAAUGUACACAUUGUAAAUAGUAAUAUUUAUAUUUAUUUAUAGGCUAGUGAAUAUGUUGAAUUUGUAAUGAUGUACUGUAAUAAACUU